AUGGAUGGAAAAUGUCAACAACAGCCUGAUGAAAAUGAAAAUUUUUACAUUAAAAUGAUUUUGUUUAUUUUUAACGAAAGUGAUAAUAAUUCGGGAAAUCAACAAAUAAGACUUUGCGAAAUAACAAGAACGUCGGGAUCAUGCGGAUUUAAUUUAACUAAAAGUAAAUGGGAUCCUUAUCCUUGGGUUAGUAACGUAGAUUGUGGAUCUCCAGCAGAAAAUGCUGGAGUACAAACUGGAGAUUGUUUGUUAGAAGUUAACGGUGAAGAUGUUUUGGGAUUAAGGGUUGUCGAAGUCGCCAGCAAAGUUAAAGCAAGGGAUGAAAAAGUUACCGUUAUGCUUUGGAAUUCUGGAGUGGAUUCAAAUUGUUCAUCCGAGACAUUAUGCUGUGGACCAAUGCCCACGAAUUUACAAAGAUUAUCAUCAUGCAUGAGUAAUAUUGUGGCAGCUCUGGAGUGUCCGAUAUGCCUGGAAACGAUUCCGGCUCCAGCACAUCAAUGCGUUAACGGUCAUUUAAUUUGUUUCAAAUGUCGUAUAAAAACAGAAAAAUGUCCCGUUUGCCGUAUAAAAUUAUCCAGAGGAAGAAGUCUUCUUGCAGAUCAAGUUUAUAAUUCAUUAAUAGAUGCAUUCGAUUUAAGAAAUCAAGAAGAAUCGAAAAGGAGGAAAAUAUUAAAGCAAAAAUUAUUCGGACAUAAAAAUGGUUCAACUAAAAAUAAAAUUCCAGAUGUUAAAUUUAGCAUUAUUAAUUCUCCAGCGAGUAAAUUUUUAAAUAAAAUAAUGAAAACGGGAAAAUGUUCGUCGGCUGAAAAUUUGAGCAUAACGAGUUCAACGGAAAAAAUUUCAAAACUUUUAUUAACUCCUCAAGAUGAUUUACAUUUGGGUCUUAAAUCAAAAUCCCUUUCCACCAAUGAAAUAUUUGAAAUAGAUACUCAACAUUUCACCAGGACACCAUCCAUUUUAUCAAGUAGACCUGGAAGCGGUCUUUUAGAUGUUCAAUCUUUAACAUAUUCAAAAAAAUCUGCUUCUUGUCACGGAUCUGCUCAUGAUUUUCACAAAAAAUUAAUGGCGGAAAUAAAAAAUAAAGAAUUAUUAAGAGAAAAAGAAAAUUGUUGUUGUCCUUGCGACCCUACAUGCGAAAAUGAAAUGACGCCCAGUACCUUGAUGAAACACAUACAAGAAUAUCAUGAGGGUCCAGUUUUACACUUUUUAAAACCUCAUGUCGAAUUAUUAUUACCUUUACCUUAUCCAAAUACGACCGUACUAACCGUUACUUCUUAUAAUACAGUAUUUAUUAUUAAAAUUUUAGAUUAUUCCUGUAAAAGUGAUAAUAAUUACUUAUGGAUAUGGAGUUUGAAUUCUGAUAAAAACUUCAUGGCUAAUGUGACAAUUCAAGAAGAAAAACUAAUUAUCACAUCAGAAUGUUCUGUCAUACCGAUUCAGUCUGUUGGUUGGCAAAAAAUUGUUAAUGAAAAUUUGGGAUUUUUAAUUAAUUCUCAAGAAAAUGGAAUGAAAUUACAAAUUGAAAUACUACCACAUAAUUAUUAA